UGGGAGUAGUGGUUGGGUAUCCCCCUGUACAUACACUUGUGCGUUUCCUUGGAAGCCUAAACAAUUUGCCAUUGAGCUGGAUAAGCGCAGCACAGAAAGAGAAAAGUUAGUAAAGGAAAAAAAAACAGAGGAAAUGGCUUGGAGUAAAGCUUUUACUUUAUCUCUUCAUCCAUCCAAAUCGAAUAAUUCCUCAAUCUUCAUUACAACCCCCUUUUUCAGUCCUUCAUAUUCACCCUUUUCUUCUUGUUCUUCCACACUUCUGGGUAUUAAUACUUGUAAUUCAAACUCAAAGCUAGUUGCAUUUAAUCUCCCCUUACAAAAAACCCUUCAAUCUUCAUCAAAUUUCAUUUGUAAGGCAGCUGAGUACAAAUUUCCUGACCCAAUUCCUGAAUUUGCUGAAUCUGAAACAGAGAAGUUUAAGACACAUCUGGUGAAGAAGUUAUCAAAGAAAGAUGUUUAUGGGGAUGGAUUGGAUGAAGUUGUGAGCAUUUGUACUGAGAUCUUCGAAAACUUUCUGCAUACCGAAUAUGGUGGGCCAGGCACUUUGCUAGUACUCCCUUUUAUUGACAUGGCUGACACUCUGAAUGAGCGCGGGUUACCUGGGGGACCUCAAGCUGCACGAGUUGCUGUCAAAUGGGCUCAAGAAAAUGUAGACAAAGAUUGGAAAGAAUGGACUGGUAGCAAGUAGAGACAUGUCAACAAGAGAAUUUUGAUGUUUUUAGAUAAUAUCUAAGUACAUCAUCUUGAAAAAUUUUAAUUUCUUGAUAGGGAACCAGCAGAAAGACAACUUCUAUUGCUGUAAGUUGUAGUUCAUUAGGUCAUCCAGAAGAUUCGAGCAAUUCGUAGAGAUCCAUAUGAUGGUUGAAUAAAUGUGGCGUGGUUAGACUGUUGGCUGAUAAAUUUUUUCUAUGGAACAUGGAAUAUGUCAUGAUAGAGUGACCGUCUGUCACAGAUUCAUGAUGUCUGGUUCAGGUUUCUGAAAA